UAAGCACCCAAAGUUAAACUGUUGAGUGUUGACCCCCUCUACUGACUUCGUCGUCCUCUCUCUUUCCCCGUACGCAAUGGGGGGUUUAAACCCUAAAUCCAAAGGCCAAUCCAUAGUCUUUGCAGGCUAAUCACAGUAAAAAAGAACUCCCACAAAAACCAAAGUGAAAAACAUUGGAAUAUACACUUGAUCAAAAGCACGCUAGCCCUGUUUUACUAAUCUGUCUUUCAUCUUUUCAUUAUCUUACCUUUCCCUCUUUGUCCUGGUGUCUCCUGCUGUGAAACUUCGUCAUCUGGUCAGGGUUAAUCUUUCUUUUUACCCAGAUAAAAAAAAAAAUUAUUGCUUUGGAUCCCACCUCCAUACCUCUACUUUUUUACCCUACCUUUCCUUUCACUUCACCCUUUAAAUUGCUAUACUUCCCAUCCUCGCACGAAGAAAGAAACUAGUGAAAGACGACACACAAAUUUUCGACUCUCCUUUGAAAGGGCUUCUUUGAAUGGAUGAUUAUUACAGAAGGAACCAUGUUCCGGCCUUUGGAAGCUGGGAUUGGAACAACGACCUUCCUAUUACUCAGUGUUUCGAAUCGGCUCGACAAACCGGGUUGCUUCGUUACAGCUACACCGAGGAUCGUGAUUUAUAUGUCGCCGGUGAUCUGUAUGAGAACGAUGUUGUUACUCCCGCCAUGAUUGUCGUUCCUCGUAAAAGGACAAAAGUACGACAGUCGCACGUUAAAGAAGACAAAACGCAAAGCUGGGAGGCCGGUGACGUGAAACAACCGGCAGCGGCGGGAACAAGCGCAAUUCCCACGGCCAAGCCAACCCCAAAACCCGUCGAUGAAGACCUUUACAAAAUCUCACCUGACCUGCUUUACGCAAAACCCAAAAAGAUGAAGAAGAAAGGCUUGUGCUUGUUCUCCUGCUGCUUGGUGCUAAGUUGAUUAUUUUGAAGCCUCCAUUGCCGCGCGUUGCUUACUGCAUUCUAUAUAUAUGUUAGUAUUACGUAAAUAUAGUUUUUGUUUAAGAUGUUGAGAAAUAUUAAAUGGACAAUGCCAUGGGGUCUACCUUUUUAUCUUUCCCUU